AUGGCUGCUGGCCUGGAGAAAGCCUGCCACCGGUGCAUAUCUAAAAUUGCCAGCAAUGCAUGCUUUAUAUUUGGGCUCCUCGCUUUCCUUGCCUUACCACUGUCCAUGACUUUUAUAGGAAUGAAGUUUUUGGAAGACUGCCCAGUUCAGCCACUGAUUCCCUUAUAUCUGCUGGUGGGUGGUGUGAUUGGCAGCUUAAAGGUGACUCUCCUGCUGUACGACUCAACCAGGAUGAGGCAGCUGCUUUCCAAGUCUGUUGUGAUUGAUGAUGAUGAUGAUGACGAGUAUCCCUGGAGGCAGAAUGCUCACAAGUACUACGUCCAUCUAACUCUCAGCCUUUUCCUCUUUCUCUGGUUCAUUCUUGGGAACUACUGGGUUUUUUCUGUAUAUCUGCCAAAUUUCAUCCCGCCUUUUCAUCAGCCUCAGGAUUACUGUGACAAAACCCUGUACAUUUUUGCUGUUGGUGUUCUCAUUAUUAGCCAUACUGUUCUGUUUCUCCUUAUCUUCUGUAGCUGCUGCAUAUACUGUUUUUCCAGGCAAAGAUUCUCUUCUGAAGAAGACUAAAUGCUACAUAAAUAAAUCUCCAGAUAUUUGGGAAAGCGUGUACAACAAAGAACAGGCAAUAAUUCACCCUUGUGUACAUCUUUGUUGUAUGAUAUAUAUGUGUGAUAGCAGUCAACUUCAAGGGGAAAUGAAAAAAUACAGUGACAUCUGGAAAUAGCUAUGCUGGAAUACAGCAUAGUCUAUGCAAAGCUGCUGCAGGUGCCAGGGUGUAUUCCUGCUAACUUUUACAUCCCAUUUUUUAACUCUGGA